CAGCAGCGCUGCAGAGACGCAAGGCUUAAGGACACAGGAGUCUUUCUCAUCUGGAAUAAAGUCUAGCCUGAGGAGACGCUUCAGACUUAAAAUAUUCAAUUUUUGUGCUUGUUUUAAAAUACAAAAUGAACAUCCAGAAAGUGACGUUGUUUUUAAGUUGGAUAAUUCUGUGUUUGGACAUCUGUCUGAGCCAGAAAGACUGCACUGGUGUGGACUGUCCCAUUCUGGAGGGCUGCAUCGAGACAGUUUUAAAGAAAGGCGCCUGCUGUCCCACCUGUGCACAAAGGGGCUGCACCUGUGAGGGUUACCAGUAUUACGACUGUGUCCAAGCAGGCUUCCGGAAAGGGAAAGUCCCAGAGGAGGAAUCUUACUUUGUGGAUUUUGGAAGCACUGAAUGCUCCUGUCCCCAGGGAGGAGGCAAGAUAAGCUGUCAUUUUAUACCGUGUCCUGAUAUUUCCCCCAACUGUAUUGACAUUUCACAGCCUGCAGAUGGAUGCCUUCAGUGUCGGCGAAUUGGGUGCACCCAUGGCAAUAAAAAGUAUGAGGCGGGACACUCCUUUCAGAUGGACGGGUGUCAGGUUUGUCACUGUCCAAAUGAUGGUGGAAAGUUAAUGUGCUCACCUAUCCCUGGUUGUGACCUUCGCAGUUCCACUAAACCCAUGUGGGUUACCACCACUGAGAACAACAACCCUUUGAGAGACAUUAGCAGCCGUUAUGACAGCCGACAAACGAGUCCUGUGGAGCCAUUUUCCAAGCUGGCACUGGGGAACACUCUACCACUGUAUAAGCCGGACCCACCCAGUUUUGGCACCGGGGAUUAUGACUACACACUGGCAGGGCCGACGUCUUCCACUAUCCAAGAUCUGGCCCAACCGCUGGAAUCUACUACAGUACCACCAGCUUACCCUGAGUCAAGCUCCAUUUCCUUCAGUGCCCAUGAUGACAGGAGACAUGAACUGAGGGAAACACAGAAAAGCUCGGAUUCAGAGAGGAGCAGUGAGGCUGAGGUCACACAGAACACAGAUCCAACCACUCAGAGCGAAACUCCAACAUCGCGAACAACAACCACACAAGGAGUGACCACAGAGAACCACAGGCCACAACAGGAAGUUAGUGAAAGGACCAUUAGACGCAACAAUGGCAGAGACAGAGUGGCACAGGACACUUCAAAGGACGCCGCCCGUGCAAACAAGGGGGGGAGGCACUCUAACCAUCACAAAGAGAGUCAAGGAAGUCGCAUGGGAAGUCAUGGCGGCCCAAAGGAGCAAGAAAAGGUGUCAGUGGAGAACAGGCAGCUGCUUGGUGAAGAGGAGCAGACCUCAUCUCCCACAAUACAGUUCAGUCCCACAAGCAGACCUCCAGUCAGGUUGAGGGAGGAUGGAGAGCAAAGACAAUCCCAAACUCUCCACAACUACCAGGAUGUGGAGGACACUGGAGUGUCUGCCAAGGAGCUGGUGAAGACCUGCUGUGAGACAGGGGAGAAAUGGGCUUCAGCUAAUGGUCACUGCAAAAACAUGGAGCCGCCCACAAACGAUCGGCACUCCAUCUGCUGGACUGCCCAACAACAGUGCUGCCACGGCUCCCUGAGAGAAAGUCGGUGUUUGGCUGGAAUGAAUGCAGCCAGAGCAGAAAAUACGUGUCAAGACGACGCCAGCGACAAAUGUGGGAUCGAUUCCUACAAGGAGUGCUGUGACUGCUGCUCUCUGGGGCUGCAGUUCCGCCGUGAGGGGCAUCGCUGUGAAGCCCACCGCGUCCUGGGCUUCCACUGUAGACACGUCUUUUUAACCUGCUGCAAGGGGGAGCAGAGCAGAGCUGGGAAUCAAGACGACUGGCAGAGAGUCAGAGAAAGGCCCGCUCUCAACGCCAGUCCACCACCAAAAAAAGUGUCCGACAGCCCGUACCCUAAAGAAGCUUUCUCCAUUAGCGAGGAGCGGGAUGGGGAGAAUGCAGUGGAGGGUCCUGUUGAGGUGGAGGACAUGGAUGAGUGCCUGAUGUAUGAGGGCAACAUCUGCCACCACAGAUGUGUCAACACACCAGGCUCUUUCCGCUGUGAGUGCUUCCCUGGAUACGUACUGCAAGAGGAUGCUCUCACAUGUGCGCAAGAGACGGUGGACGAGGAGAACAGACUGAAGGAGGAUGACAGAGUAGCAGCCGAGCCCACUUCACCGCUUCCGCCCCCCACCCAGCCAGUUGUCCCACUCAACCCCUGUGAAGGAAACGGCCCAUGUGAGCAACACUGCACCUCAGUGGGUGGAAGGCCACAAUGCUCCUGUUUCCCAGGAUUCUCUCUUACAUCUGAUGGACACUCCUGCGAGGAUAUAAAUGAAUGUUUGUCCAUGCGAGCCUGCCAGUUGAACGAACGUUGCCUGAACACUGCUGGAAGUUAUAUCUGUCAGAGACUGAUCACCUGUCCCCCGGGAUACCAGAUCAACAAUGACAUUUGUGAAGAUAUCAACGAGUGUGUGCAGCAGAGCCAUAAUUGUGGGCUUGGCUUCGAGUGUGUGAAUACAGAGGGCUCGUUCAGGUGCAACCCCAAACCUCGAUGUCCUGUUGGCUUUAACCAGGACGCACAGGGCAACUGUAUUGACAUUGAUGAGUGUGGCACUUCGGCCCAGCCAUGUGGCCGGGCAUUUAACUGCAUCAACACAGUAGGAUCCUACGUGUGCCAGAGGAAGAUAAUAUGUAGCCGUGGCUAUCAUGCCAGCCCAGAUGGCUCCAAAUGUAUUGAUGUGGAUGAGUGUCAGAGCAGUCUACAUCGAUGUGGAGAGGGCCAGCUGUGCCACAAUCUGCCCGGCUCCUAUCGUUGUGAAUGCCAGACAGGCUAUCAGUAUGACUCAUUCAGGAGGAUGUGUGUAGAUGUAAAUGAGUGCUGGCGCUACCCCGGCCGCCUCUGUGCCCAGACCUGCGAGAACACCCCAGGCUCCUAUGAAUGCUCGUGUACCUCUGGCUUCCGCUUAUCCGGCGAUGGCAAGAACUGUGAAGAUGUGAAUGAGUGUUUGGCCAGCCCAUGCAGUCAGGAGUGUGCCAACAUCUACGGAUCCUACCAGUGCUACUGCAGACAGGGCUACUACCUCAGGGAGGACGGGCACACCUGCGAAGACAUCGACGAGUGCUCCCAGAGUAUCGGCCAUCUGUGUACCUACAAGUGUGUGAACGUUCCCGGCAGUUACCAGUGUACUUGUCCUGAAUAUGGAUACACCAUGUCUCCAAAUGGUCGCUCUUGCAGAGAUAUUGAUGAGUGUGCCACAGGGGCCCAUAACUGCUCUCUAGCUGAGACCUGCUACAACAUCCAGGGAGGAUAUCGUUGCCUUUCUCUCAACUGUCCACCAAACUACCGCAAAGUGUCCGACACGCGCUGUGAGCGGAUCAGCUGUCCCAACUACCUGGAUUGUCAAAACUCUCCUCUGAGAAUCACCUAUUACUACCUCAGCUUCCAGUCCAACAUCGUCAUCCCUGCUCAGAUCUUCCGCAUCGGACCCUCUCCUGCUUACUCAGGAGACAAUGUCAUCGUCAGCAUCACACAGGGAAAUGAGGAAAACUACUUCGGCACACGGAAGCUGAAUGCCUACACGGGCGCUGUGUACUUAAAUCGACAGGUUGAGGGUCCAAGGGAUUUUGCGAUUACUGUUGAGAUGAAGCUUUGGAGACAGGGGACGUUUACCACUUUCCAGGCCAAGAUCUUUGUCUUCAUCACAGGCAACUUACUCUAACAGUGAGAGAUGUGCUGUGGCUGCAAUGGACCCUUUUCAUUAUCACUAUUUAACAAUGUCAUAAAGUAUACCACUGUGUGUCAUGAUUGGUUUGAGUAGUUAAUCUUGUUUAUGUCCAGUUCAGUUGAAGUUCAUUUUAAAGGGACAGUUCAUCCCAAAAUCAAAGAUACACAUUUAUCCUCUUAACCCUUUGAACCCUGAGCAAAUUGGCUUGACUUCUUUCAAAAACAUGGGAAGGAGGCAAUGAGCACCUAAAAAGAAAUGGGCAUAAACAUUGCAAGAGAUUAGUAAAACGUUACAAUAAAAUUACCUAAAAAUCCUUAAAAUAAGCAAAGAAAUUACCUUUAGAAAGU